CUAAGUAUCAUGACACUUUAGGCAAAACCCUCAAAAAUCCUCAAAUAAUAUACCAGAUACAUGCUCAGUUUUUCUACCUGUAAGUAGGGAUUUAACCUAGACCAAAAUUUUAUAGAAGUAUUUUAAUUCAUCAUGUAAAAGAACCAAUAUGAAAGCCAUUAUGUAGAUGUCUGGGAGUUCAAAUUUUUAUUUACUUAACCAUGAUGAACACUGAAUAAUAGAUGGUACGUUUGAUGUUUUUGUCUCCAUUAUUGGGUGAUCUUAGGAUGCCAAAACUUAUAAUUCCAACACUGAUCCAGAAUAACACUGAAAUGUAUAAAUAUUUCUGCACCUUGUUACCUUUCUCCCUCUUCUGAUGCCUAACUUUUUUAUCUCUGAUUCCAAAGAUUUAAGUAAUUGAAAUUCUGUGUCAAAUUUUAAGGGUCUAUAUAUCUUAAUCUAUAGAUAAAAGUACAUGAUUUUCUUACUUACCUACUUUUGUUAGUACUGUCAUUAACAUUCUUCAAGCUGCUUAUCACAUAAGAUCUUUUCUUUUACCAUGAGAAGAUUCUGAAAGAGAAAUGGGAGAAUACAGAGAUUCAAAAUCUGAUCAUACCAGCACUCUGAAAGGUUGAUAGUCUUUAGUAGUAUAGUUAUAUUAUUUAUUUAAUGGAAUUACAAAAUCUGAAGGAGUUUGGGAUAUCUACAAAGGAAAUAUUCCUGAGGAUUAAGGUCAUCUUUGUCAUUGACACUUCUUCCUCUCUACCCCUUUAGGAAGCCAUGAAUAUGUCAGGAGUCAGCACAGUGACCGAAUUCAUACUACUGAGUUUUCUGUGCUCCAGAGAGAUUCAGGUCCUCCUUUUCGUGUUAUUCUUUGUGUCCUACAUCCUGACACUGAUGGGGAACGGGGCCAUUGUCUGUGCAGUGAAGCUGGAUCACAGGCUUCACACCCCCACGUACAUUCUGCUGGCCAACUUCUCAUUCCUGGAGAUCUGUUACAUCAACACCACUGUUCCCAAUAUGUUAAAGAACUUCCUAUCUGAGACCAAAACCAUCUCUUUCACUGCUUGCUUCUUCCAGUUCUACUUCUUCUUCUCCAUGGGCAUUACUGAGACUUUCUUACUGCCCCUCAUGGCUUUUGAUCGGUACUUGGCCAUCUGUCGGCCUCUCCAUUAUCCUAACAUCAUGAGUAGCCACUUCUGCAUGAACCUGGUGGCCCUCUGCUGGGUCACAGCCUUCCUCUGCUAUCCAGUCCCUAUCUAUUUUAUCACACAUCUCCCCUUUUGUGGUCCCAAUACCAUUGACCACUUUGUCUGUGACCCUGGUCCUCUUCUGGCUCUGUCCUGCAUCCCUGCCCCUGGAAUUGAGCUUUCCUGUUCUAUAUUGAGCUCUCUUAUUAUCUUCAUCAGCUUCUUCUUCAUCCUUGCGUCCUAUACCCUGGUUCUCAGAGCAGUGUUGCGUGUCCCUUCAGCAGCUGGCCGACGUAAGGCCUUCUCCACCUGUGGUUCCCACCUGGCUGUGGUGUCUCUCUUCUAUGGAUCCAUCAUGGUCAUGUACAUCAGCCCAACCUCUGGAAAUGCAGCUGGGAUACAGAAGAUUGUAACCUUGUUCUACUCAUCAGUGACCCCACUUAUAAACCCACUGGUCUAUAGUCUCCGGAACAAUGACGUGAAGGCUGCCUUGAGAAAAAUUCAUAUGUGCACAAAAAUUAGUCAAAGCAAAUGAGUACUCAUUCUAGUGUACCUAGACCAGCCCCAAUCCACAGACUCAUCUUAUGGAGCCACUAUUUUAGAUAAAUAUGUGACAUAUAUUUGGGAAAAGUGAAGGAGGCUACAGUGAUUACUAAAGGUGACUCAAACACUAAUGACGGUAGCAGAAGUUUCUUUUCCUGAGUCAAUUUUGAAAUCCUCCAUUUAUAAAGUAAGGACCAGAUUACAUUCUUCUUAUCUUUUAUUUAUGCAAGAUAAUUAAGAUACCUGGAAACAGGAUCACAUUUUUAAAAUGGUUAGCACUUAGGGGCAUCACAAUUUGGGUUAGUUUCAUGUGAAGGGAGGUUGAGUUGAAUGCACAGCCCAAAAGAGGAAA